ACGAUCGAUUAUUCGGCCUGGAUUAAAUGAGGAAGCUACGUUCUGAAAACAGAGCUAGCAAAGCCUGCUAGGAUAAGCAGCCAAACAAAAUAUCUGCUUUAACCGUUGGUUUUCUCUGCAAACCACCGGGCAGUUAUAUAAACCGCCUCGUUUUGACAGGUUAAUGCUCACGCAGGAGGGCAGGCUGCUGUCAUGUUGCCCGGACCGGUUGAAUUUGGAGGCUCUUCCUUCCUCCAGGCUGAUGAUGUCGGUGGGACUCGCUAGUUACGCCUGAGCUCCUACCAGCUGCUGCUGCUGCUUCACAAGUUGGCUGUUGUUGGACACUCAGCUCGUGGGAUGAUGAUGCACGGCUUGUCCCAGGACCACUCACAUGGGGAAGGGGGGGAGCUGGCACACACAUCAUCUAAAGAGACCUCCGGGUCUCCAGAGGCCUCUGAGUUGGGGAGCCCACGGAGUACACCAAACUUUGACCUCCUUAACAUGGUGGUGUCCUAUAAGAGAAUGGCCCUGUUUCUAGAACCAGCUACAGAUGCAUUGGAGCUGAUCCGCUUCUUGCUCGGAUGGAAGAUGCCCCUGUGCUCUCUGCUUGCCUGUAUGUUUCUCAAUGUCUUCUUCUGCACUGUAAAUGAAGUGGGUUGGAUCACGGUGGGUGUGGUGGCGGUGGCAGCUCCUGCGGCCUUGGGUUACCUGCAGGACAGGUGUGGGGGCAGAGCCUCAGAUGCUGAGCUCCACAAGAGACGCUUUUACACUGUGCACCGCAGGGACCUGCUGACAGUGCAUCUCACCAAACAGGAGGCCAUGCUGGAAGUCAAAGACCUGUUGAAGCACCUGGAUGACAUGCUGUCCUUUGCCUGCCUGUCAGCGGAAACCUUUUACAAGGUCCUGUACUGGGAUAAUCACACCCAGUCAUCAAGGUUCUAUGGAGGGAUGUUAAUAUUGGCUUGCCUGCUCUACAUCGCUCCACUGGGCUGGGUGUUUGCUGGGCUCAACAGCGCAAUCUUCCUGUGGAACAGAGACUUCUGCAGAGUUUUGUUGGACCUUACAAAGCUGAUCCACAUGGGCCAGAACCAGCCCUCAGAGGGAAAGUGUGUAGAACAGGAACACGGCAACUUGUUGGACAGGACCCCCACGCCAACUAGUCUGGAGGACCUGUCUCCUGGCAGUGUAGAGGAGGCUGAGGAGGCAGAGCCUGAUGAUGAAUUUAAGGAUGCCAUUGAGGAACAUUCAGUUUCCAUGCAGGAAACCCCUUUGGUCUUAGUGGAGGAUGAUGACGGGCCUCUUGGAGCUCCUGAGUAUGACACCAUUUCUGAAAAUGGUCUCUUGAGCCGCAAUGAACCAAUACGCAGCAAGGUGUCUAAACUGACUGAGAAACUGCGUAAACGCUACCCCACCACCAGCACAGGCAACUGCUCUAGCUGCAAUGCCGUCUUCUCCGUGCUGAAGAAAAGGAGGAGCUGCAGUAACUGUGGCAACAGCUUCUGUUCUCGAUGCUGUUCCUUCAAGGUGCUGAGAUCUUACAUGGGAGCAACAGGUGAGAAGGGAACAUCUCCAGAGGCCCAGAGAGAGACUGUGUUUGUUUGUGCUGCCUGUAAUUCCUCUCUCAUCAAGUUACAAUGAGAUUGCAUGUCUUCCCAUUGGCCAGUUAGAGGCCUCCUCCAAGUUACUGAAACCCUAACAAAUACCUUGGUUUUUUAAGUUAUGGCAUUUACAUCUGUCAAAAAUUCCCACCCCCAACCCAUGUCUUUGGUAGUUGCAGCCCUACUUGGCUACUUGUGUUGCUUAUUGGACCUCCACUGUAAUAUGCUAAAUAUUUCCUGUUUCUACACUCAAUGAAGAACUGGACCUUAUUCAUCAAUGAGACUUGCCACAGAGCACCAUGGCUCCAAAAUCAAAGGAUGUUUUCCCUUUACUGAGCAGAGAGAGGUGCAAAGCAAGUAGGGUGGAGGCCAUGAAUGGGCUAGUGGUGACAAGUUUAUAGGCCUUCAAUGAUUUUGCUUUCACAUGCUUUGCCUCGCCAUAAGGUUGAUUCCACUUGAAUGUUUAUAUAUUCAGCCCUGUGUAGCAGUUUAUGUUUACUGUAAUGCUGAGAGGACUUUUUUUGUACGAACAAAACUGAGGCAGAGUAUUAAUAUGGCAUGUUUUUAAAGUGAUGAUGAAUGCGAUGGUUAAGUGGGUUGUUCAGAUGAACAAAAAUAAUAGAGAUACGACCCCAAAAAUUUCCACAUUUGGCUUUGAUUGCCAUUGUGUGUGCAGGCUGGCCAGCCAGGCUUGUUUGCUGUCCACCAAUACACUUUGACCUGCAGCUGGUCAGCAAUGUUAUGUAAUUAGUUAUUUGGAGUAUGAAGCCAAUGGAGCUUACUAUUCCCCUUAUCUAUUCAUAAAGGGAAUAGAUAUGACAUGCCACAAAACAAGGGUUACUCUAUGGCAGUAAACUGAAAAUGCAUGGCCUGCAAUGAAUCACAUUACAUUUGUGACAAGUUACCAGAAAAUACGGUUUAGCGGACCAGCUCGGUUUAAUUGUAAUGAUCAAAUUGGUGCUUCUUUUUGGUUGUCAGUGUUCCUGUUAUGACGUCAGAUUUUUUGGAGUAUAGCAGCAUCCUAGAAAUAAAAAAAACUGCUACAGCGCCGUGGAGCCUGGGCUUUUCCUCUAACUGGAUCCAAGGCGACUCAACUGGAUUAAAGUUGAUUAACUGAACUGAGCAACCAGCUGAACUCAUCGUCAGAGCCUCACACUCUUGCAAGCAGGACUUAAAAGAAUUGAUGUGGAGGCCUUAUAACCCAAAGGGUGGAUUGUGGUGGAAAGUUGUUUUAAUCAUGAUUCAGACACAGAUGAUUGUAAUAGUUUGCAUUGCUUUUAUUAUAAUCAGAUACAAACUGUUACUGUAAUGGUUCUACUAUAUCUAAUAUAUUUAAUUUAAAACUCAAGAAAGUGCAAGUUAUUAUUUUCCCUGAUGAUUAAGUCUGUAUAUAUUUCCGUUAUUUUAUGGAUGAGAUAUUGAAUUAAACCCUGUGAUUUUAAACU